CAAUGGCAUCUCGUCAUGUUUGAAGUUGAGUGAGGUCAGAUUGUUCAUAUAAAAUAAUCUGCCUCGACGUUGGCUCUCAUUGUUCUGUGCUUUACGCUCUUCGUAUAGGAGUCGUUUAAAAUAAAUCGCGCCUCAUUGUAUUCCGUAAGUGAAGAGGAAAUUAUUGACAAAGCCGUGAGGAAGAUUUGUUAUGGUAAUUUUAUGUCGUAAUUAAAAAUAUCAAAAUGCAAAGUUGUUUUGGUCCGGUUAUAAGCAAGCUCUUACCAGCGAAACGUAAAAGACAAUCAAAAGUGAGGCCAAAGGGAUCUCCGAAAACAGUGAUGGUCAAGGUUGUCGUAUUGGGGACCGGUGGUGUUGGGAAAACGAACAUUAUUCGUCGAUAUGUUCACAACGAAUUCUUAGCAGACCACCAGCCGACUACAGAAGAUGUCUAUGAGAAAUACUUUAACUUUAAGCGCAAGAAUGAAUCUUUCUUAUUCAAAAUUUACGACACGGCUGGAUCGGAUCAAUUUCCAGCGAUGAAGAGACUUGCCAUUAGCAAAGGAGAAGCGUUUCUUGUUUUGUAUUCGGUGGAUAACAGGGCUUCCUUCGAAGAAGCCAAGAAGAUUUGUGCUGAAGUAUUUGAAGUCAAGUCUGGAGAAGUUAAGUCAAUAAUGAUGGUUGGAAACAAAUGCGAUCUACCAAGUUCCCAACAGACUGUUAGCACCGAGGAAGCCUUUUUGGCUGCGAAACAGUUAAAAUGUAAAUUUACAGAAAGUUCGGCGAAACUCGGUAUAAAUGUCGAAAAGGUAUUUCGUGAAUCGUUGACCGAAUUUUAACCGAAAAUUUGGCUCUUUCAAACUUGGGCAUAUUUAAAUAGAUGCAGCUACUUGAAGUCAUGAGGCCUUUGCAAUAUCAUGUUACGU